AUGUUAACUAAUGCACAAAUGAGGCCAAGAAGCUGGCUAGAAAUCCCAAGAAACUGUGCCAAGUAUAUGCAGCUGCACCUGGGAAUACACGAAAGCAUGACAUCACAAGCACAGCCUCCUCCACCACACCUUCCCUUUCUCCUCCUUCCCCACUGGCCUCUGACAGCUAUGCAUGGCUGCAUGAAGGAAGAUCUAAAUCUAGACUUGUUUUAUCCUCCCCUUCCCUUCUUCUCACCUUUAUUCUGCCUCCACCUUCUUUCUUUGCCUUCCCCCGCUGGCUUCUCUGUCAUUUCCCACAGUGGGUUCCCCCAACCCCUGUGGUCCUCAUGUCCUGUUCUUGUUCCCUUUGUGCUGGAUCCCACAUCCUAUAGCAUCCAGGACCAUCCUCCAUGGCUGAUGCCACAGCCUGCCAAUUCCCAAAUUCUUCACGUUUGUUUGACUUCCUACUUAGCUGUAAAACCAAAGCCCAGGGAGGAGUCCCAAGGUGCACAACACAGAGCCAAUCUGCGUGUGCACAGAGAUGCAGAUCCGUUUUUAAUCAAUGUAAGUAUAUGCGUAUAUGUAUAUACAUAUGCAAUUCACAUUCACAAGUCCUGGUAUAAAGUUGCAAUUUUUCUGGCUGCUAUAAAAUGUGCCAGUUUUAAAACUGUGCAUUUGUUGCUUGCAAACUUAUGA